AUGGUUACUGCUAAACAAUCAGUGACAUGGUACAGGGAAGUUUGGAAUAGGAUGGCAUUACCAAAACACAGGUUCAUUUUAUGGCUUGUGGUACUUGACAGAAUGCAAAUGAAAGAAAGGCUCUUCAGAUUCCAUAUUGUGGCAGAUGACAAUUGCCUACUGUGUGGAACAAAGAAGGAAAACAGAGAACACUUAUUUUUUGAAUGCCAUCUGAGUUGUCAAGUGCUGGAAUUAAUCAGAGAUUGGCUGGGAUGGCAUACAGCAGCAAGAACAAUACCGAAACUUCUGAGAUGGAUAGCUAAAGCAAGGUUGACAAGAUUCAGAAAGAAAGUAUUUUCAGCGACAGUAGCUGCUAUGGUUUAUCAUCUCUGGUGGUGUAGAAAUGAGGCAUUGUGGAACCAUAAAGUGUAUAAAGUGAGCAUAGUUGUAGAAAGGAUUCAAAACAAUGUAAAAAAUAGAGUUAGGAGUUAUAUGCCGAACAAAAUACAACAAAUAGAUCAAGAUUGGUUUGACCAGCUGUAA